UGUAUCGCGUUUGAGUCGGUUGUAGGCUGUGUGAGUCGGCAGUAUUAACAUUAACAGCACAGUAAAAGCGUCUGUUAUGGACACAGAUGUUUCCAGAGUGCUAUAAUAAUAAUAAUAAUAAUAAUAAUAAUAAUAAUAAUAAUAAUAAUAAUAAUAAUAAUAGAGUGUGUUGCUCAGUUUGUGCACUUUAACGAGGAUCUGAGUUUACUGAAUUAACAGGAGCAGAAAAUUCAUCAUCAUCAUCAUCAUCUUCUUCUUCUUCUUAUACUACUCCUGCUCAUCUUAGUUUUUAAUUCCAUUAUUUUACAGACAUGAUGCAAACGGAAUCUAUUGUUCUUUGUGUGCUACUCCUCUUCUGCUCCUCUUCAUUCAUACAAGGUGAGCAUGAUUCAAACUCAUCUACACUUCUUCCGAACUUCACCAUGCCAUCCACCUCCUCACCUCCCCAGAGGUCAUCCACUACACAUCCAGAAUCCAUUUCAAGUCCUACAUUUCUCACUGCUUCCUCCGAGGGAGAUCCCUCGGCUAACGAUACCCUCAGCCAUAACGCUACAGCCAACAGCACAGAUGCUCCAGGUUUUCCCACAGAAGUUGGUGGACCUACAGUGACUACUCUUGUACCUACAAACAAAACAAACACUCCAAACACUCCUGGAAACCUAACAGACAGCCAAGACAGGGCUAAUCUUUCAGCCGGAGAUAAUGAGACCUCGACAACAUCUGACACAACACUAUCCACCAAUGCCACCACACCUUUGCCAAAGGGCGAGACCUCGCAGACACUUUCUGCCACCACCAGACCUCAGAUUAAAACCAGCCCAUCGGCAACAACCACUCAAAGCCGGGGUAAAUCUUCGACUGUUACCACCAAAGGCACAUCCCCGCCAACCACCACUGCAAACACCGUUAAGACUACCACCACAACGACCACAACUACCCAUCCCACAGAGUUUAGCAGCACUCCUGUCUUGGCGGAAGCUCGUGUCGACACUCCUUCUGAGCUAAAUGUUGGAGACAGCACUGAAAACCCUAGUACAUCAAUGGAUCCUCUCUUGGCCGGCCUGGUGUCCAUGUUUGUCGUGAGUGCUGCCAUUGUCUCUCUUCUAAUUUUCCUGAAAUUCAGACACAGGAAUGAGCGUCCAGAAUUCCGCCGACUCCAGGAUCUCCCCAUGGAUGAUAUGAUGGAGGACACACCUCUCUCCAUGUACAGCUACUGAGUGGUCCUGAAAAACCCUUAAAAAACCUUGAAUGAUUCCCAGGCCUCCUUUGAUCCCUGUCAUUACGAACACCUAUCUAUAUCCAUUUUCAUUCUUAGUCCAGUUCCUAAACUGAAACGUGAGCUUAAUUAUCCAGUCAUGUGUUUGCAGUUGGAACUGAACAAGAGCCGGGUUGAGCGGCUCUGAUUUAGAGGACGUUUAAACCGUCGCUGUUGUUUUUUUUUCUUUUUUUUUGGAGGCAGAAUGUCACGCAGACAUUCAAUCUCUGAGUCUUUAUGGCAAAUUCCAUUUAUAAUAGACAGAGAGACACAUUAUAUUAACAUUAAAAACAGGAAACCGAGGUUUGUUCAUUUAGUAGGCGGCUUAGCCUUAUCCGUAUCCUUUGGAAUCCCUCACAAUGAGGGUGCCUGAUGAUAUGGUAUUUAAAUACACUCCACCCCAGAUCCUUCUUCACUCAAAACUCAUUAUGUAAAAUUACACAAAUUCAAUAAGUUGCUUAUUAUGUCAAAUAAGUAUUUGGGAUAACCAAAAAUGAAGACCAAAUGAGUAAUGUGCCUUUUAACGCCAAAUUUUAAUGCUCCUGGUUAGAUAUUGUGCGCGUGUGAGAUGUUAGCUAUGUUUUAUUGCAGUUUAAUCACGUUUAAUGCCGCAGACCAAACAAUACCGAGUUGUAUAGCAAUGGUGGAAUUUAUUAACCGCUUGCUCUGAGACGCUAAUGAGACUCUACAUGCUAACAAGUACGCGUCGAAGUUAAAUUUGUUAAGCUUAUAAAUAAGACUCUGAGACAUAGAUAACUAUAAAACCUAAAUAUCUGGUGUGCUACAAGUGCCUACUUUAGUGUUGCUAAUUUAUUUACUGGAACAUUUUAAUAAUAAAACAAAAAAGAUUUCCCCAUUCACACAUGCCCUGGAAAGUUUUUCAGUGUGUAUAUAUAGGUGUGUGUUAUGGUUGUUGCUGAUGUGGCUCUAUACAGGAUUUAUCUAGUAGGAAACAUUCUCUGAAGAAAUAUUUUUCAACAGGUAGACCAAUCGACUGUUAAUCAGACACAGGGCAGGGCAGUUUAAUUCAUUUAAUUCCAUUCGAAGCAAAUGCUGCGAUUUUCUAAGAACAAACUGACGCCGAUACUUUAUUUGUCUUGCUGGUAUUUAGGGUUUUAAGGUUUAAUUGAAUAUCGGAUUUAUUCAUUAAGGUGAAAGAUGAGGUGAAAAAUUUCACGCUAAGGAAGCUGUUAUAACAUCACAGUAUGACAUUUUUAAUUAGGGUUGUUGGUUCCACGCCACUGGAAACAAUGACGAGAGAGAAGCUUUGAUACGUAGAUGAUUACUCUGCUGCCUGGUUCACAGUUUAGGUGCUUGCUCUUUAGUCUGUCAUCAGCUUUAAUGGAGAUUGAGUCGAGCAAAGCCGUAAAUAUUGCUGUCUGUUAUUAAAAGAAAAGGUCACACUUUUUUGACUUUUCUGCAGUGUGUGUGCUGGCAGAGUGAGUACAUGGUGACAGUAAGUGUGUCGUCGAUGAAAGUUUGAAAAGUGAAUCAUCCUGUUGGACAAAAUGACAACGCAUGUAGUAUGUCAUACAGCAGAUGCACACCGUGCACGAUUUACACGAUUAACAGUCUUUAAAUGUACAGGAAAACUUGCUCAUGGGAUUGAAAUGAUCAUCCUUUAGGUGUGACCUAGCAAAAAAAAAAAAUUGUAUUGACAAAUCGCUUGUAUUGAUUAAAAUACGCCAACAUGCCUGUGUGUGAAAGUGAUGAAUGUGCUCACAGCACAACUGUGUAAAUUUAGUGUUGCUCAUUUCCACUUGAAAUGUCAGCUUUCACUUUCACGCAGUCUCCUUGUGUCUUUGCUGUUAUUAGGUUGUUUGUUUGCACUUUAAUUUGGGGUGUGUGGGGGUGGGGGGUGUUAUUUUGGGAAGGUUUUAGUAUUGUCAGAAUAACUUGUGCAGUCUUUUAUUUCUUCCUUUUCAUUUCGUGAACCUGGUUGUAAUAUGAAAGAUUGGUGUUGUGUAAACAUGCACUCUUGGAAGGUGCUGAUUUACGUGGCGGUUAGACGGCUUCCUAAGUCACAAAAUCUGGACCCAGCACUGACAUUUGUAAUUAAGUGUCCUUCAUUUUGUAUUCGGUAAUGAUCCAUCACAUUACAAAAAAUUCACCUACAUGUUUGAGCAGCUGGAUCCAGGACGAGUCUGUGCUUGUCUGAACUAAGACUGCUCCUGUCAUCCAAGAGUAGAAGGAGGAGGAGCAACAUUGGAGGCAAUUCGACAUUAAACACGCCACACCGAACCCUUCUAAGUUUACAUGUGUUAAAGCCUUUCUUUCUUUCCCAUUAUUGCUCUCCUCCUUGAGGUUGACUCACUUGUGGUUGCUGCACGAGUUACACAAGGCUGAAAUGGAAAAUGUAACAUCAUCAGGCAGUGCUUGCCCAGGCAAUUUUUAUAUUGUUUAAUCUAGUUAAUUCAGCCACAUACAAAGACUGACAGCUUGUAAAAUAUCCUGCUGCAUUUACAUCGUCCCUUAUUAUUGAACAUUAAUACCAAGUCACAUGGCUGAUUAUCAUGUUCAGUUUGUUCAUCUCUAAAACUGAAAUGAAGGUGUCCAUGUUAGCAGAGCUAACAUACAGACACAACAGCAAUCCUUUCUCUAAUGAAGUUAUUAGAAGGAUACAUUGUGUGUGAUGUCUCUCGUGGAUUUCUGCUUUAUGUACCAGAAGUGCUGUUUUCCUGUUUGAUGUUCCAAAUGUUUUUUAUUAAAUUUCUUAAAAACA